UACCGGAGACCCACAAUUCAUUGCGCCUAAGCGUCCACUGUGUGUGCGCUGGCUAGGUGAGUCGUCGGCCCAAUAACGGCUUCAAUAAAGGAUUGUGUCAAAGUUUAAGAAACAGCGCUGUCCGUCGGUAACAAACACAGGAGCCGUGUGUCAGCUCCUCCUGUCACUGGCAAAGAUGGCUCAUCUCACAGCGCUUUUCAAGUAUGUGGACGAACACCAGGAUCUGUAUGUGGAGCGUCUCGCUGAAUGGGUGGGAGUCCAGAGCGUUUCUGCUUGGCCAGAGAAGCGUGGGGAGAUCAAGAAGAUGAUGGAGAUGGCAGCCAAGGACAUUGAGAAGCUGGGGGGCACAGUAGAGAUGGUGGACAUUGGCAACCAGACGCUUCCCUCCGGAGAGGAGAUCCCCCUGCCUCCUAUCGUCCUGGGGCGUCUGGGGUCAGAUCCGGGUAAAAAGACUGUGUGCAUCUACGGCCACCUUGAUGUCCAGCCAGCCAAUAUUGAUGACGGCUGGGAUACAGAGCCUUUCACUCUGGUGGAGAAAGAUGGUAAGCUCUAUGGAAGAGGUUCAACUGACGACAAGGGUCCAGUGUUGGCCUGGUUUAACUGCAUUGAGGCCUACCAGAAGAUCCAGCAGGAGCUUCCCAUCAACAUCAAGUUCUGCUUCGAGGGGAUGGAGGAGUCUGGAUCUGAGGGCCUGGAUGAACUGGUGUUUUCUCGAAAAGACACCUUUUUAAAAGACGUGGACUAUGUCUGCAUCUCUGACAACUACUGGCUGGGCAAGACCAAACCCUGCAUCACCUACGGGCUGAGAGGAAUCUGCUACUUCUUCAUUGAGGUGGAGUGCUCUGAGAAGGACCUACACUCAGGGGUGUUUGGUGGCUCUGUUCAUGAGGCCAUGACUGACCUUAUUGCACUUAUGGGCUCCCUGGUAGACAGGAAGGGGAAGAUUAUGGUCCCUGGGUUGUACGACGACGUGGCCCCUCUGACAGAAGAGGAGAAGAAGCUGUAUGAGAAAAUUGAGUUUGACUUGGAUGAGUACUGCAAAGAUGUUGGAGUUAAACAUCUGCUGCAUGACACCAAGGAGCAAAUCCUAAUGCACCGCUGGAGGUACCCAUCUCUUUCUCUUCAUGGCAUUGAGGGGGCUUUCGCUGAAGCAGGAGCCAAGACUGUUAUCCCCCGCAAGGUCAUCGGCAAGUUCUCCAUCCGCCUCGUCCCUGACAUGGACCCCAAAGAUGUGGAGAAGCAGGUUAUCGGCCAUCUGCAGAAGAAAUUUGCUGAGCUGGGAACCCCCAACAAACUGAAAGUGUACAUGGGCCACGGAGCCAGGGCCUGGGUCUCUGACUUCAACCACCCACACUACAUGGCUGGUCGGAAGGCCAUGAAAACAGUCUUUGGUGUCGAGCCCGACCUUACACGUGAGGGUGGAAGCAUUCCCGUCACCCUGACUUUCCAGGAAGCCACAGGGCGUAACGUCAUGCUGCUUCCAGUUGGAUCCUCUGAUGAUGGAGCUCACUCCCAGAAUGAGAAAUUCAACAGAUCCAACUAUAUUCAGGGAAUCAAGAUGCUGGGUGCAUAUUUCCAUGAGGUUUCCCAACUGGAAUGAAGUGAUGUGUCAUCAUGAAAAAUGUAAAAUAAUGUCCAUCCUCACUAUCAGAGCCAUAGUCUUUGUAGCAUGAUAGACCUCCCACAGUAAACAUAUACACUGCCUCCUAAUAAUAAAAGUGUUUUUCUUUGUUA